GGGCCGGCCUGUGUGUCCACUCAGGCGGCCUCAGGCUCUCUCCGGUCCCCGCCCCUUCCUCUAACAGCCGCUUUUUCAAAACCCGCUACAAACCACCGGAGAGAGAAGGAUGAGACACGGGGGAGAGAGGACACGAAGCCGGGCCAGCAGACACCCUGAAAACCGGCAGACAGUCCUCUGAUAUCUGGACAUAAAAACAAACUUCCACAAACUCAAACCGGACCGGCGCAUCUUCGAGCGGAGUUUACCCGCUGACACGCAUCUUUGUCCGGGAGAAAACCGCGCCGCCGCCCGCCGGAGGAAGAAAUGCUGUAAAAGUUUGUUUUGCCGCAUAAUUUAAAUCCAAAUUCAGGUUGGGAAAAAGGAGCCGACUGUCCUCCAAGUUCACAGACUGUGGGCAGGGUGCUGUCCUGUGGGAUGGAUGACACCCAAGAGCAGGACUAUGAGGAGCGCCUAAAAGAAGUUUUUAACAGUUUCGACGCCAGCGGCUCCGGCUCGCUGUGCACGGAGGAACUCGCCGACCUCUGCCAGUCCCUGCACCUUGACGAUGCCACACCAGCCCUUCUCCAUGCGCUGCUGCAGAACCAGGACCGCCUCACUGCCAGGGUCGACUUUGACGCGUUCAAGAACGCGCUGAUUCAGGUGUUGUCGUCGAGUGUCGAGCAGGCGGAGCAGGAGAGCCCGCCGAAACCGGAAUCUCCUGAGAUCCAACCAAAGUUCGUGAAGGGCAGCAAACGCUACGGCCGCCGCUCCACGCCCGAGUUCAUCGAGCCUAUUUCCGACCCGUCCGAAGUUAAAAUCGCAAAUCCGUUGGAGGAGGAGGAGCAGGACGAGGAUCCUGAGGACAACUAUGACUCAGCUGUUCCGAGGAAGCGUGAGCGCUGGAAUGCUCACGAAACAAGCUCCGAGGAAUACGAGGCUGAAGGCCAGAUGCACCUCUGGAACCCCGACGAGCCGAGCACACCCCGGAAAUCCAGCCUCCCUCUGCCGAGCUGUUUGGAGGAGAGGCUGCGCGAAGCCUGCGCCGAGCUGAAGAUAUCGUGGGACGGGUACGCCGGACACGCCGAGCUGCUCGCUCUGUGUGAACACCUGAGCCUGGAGGUAAGCGUCGACGUGCUGCAGAGUCUAACCGGCGAUGGAGCGAUGAACGUUCAGGAGUUUGUUUCCAGGGUUGUAAACCACAACAAACCUCCGACACCGUCCGCCUCCACCCCCUACAGACAGCUGAAACGACUCCACUCCACCCAGCCGUUUGAUGAAGGAGGCCGCCGGAUCGCCACUCCAUCUGCUCUGACCAGCACCAUCGGCAUGCGCCUCUUCUCCACCCUCGAUGACGGUACCGGUUUCACUCCAGUCGAAUACAUCCUGGAUGCCUGGAUGGAGGAAGGGAUAGAAAACAGCACCGAGAUCCUGCAGGCUUUGAAUUUCAGCCUCGAUGGAAAACUGAGUCUCAGCGAUCUCACCAUGGCGCUUGAAAACGAGCUGCUCGUCACUAAGAACGGGAUUCACCAAGCGGCGCUGGCGAGCUUCAAAGCUGAGAUCAGAUAUCUCCUAGAGCAAGUCGACCGAGAAGUCCGGGAGAAAGAGAAAAUCCGAUCGGACCUGGAGAAAGCCGAAAAACUAAAAAGUCAGCUCGCCACUGAGGUGGACGAGCAUCACUCUGCGAUUGAACACACGAAUAAUCUCAACCUCAGGAAGCUUGAACAGGACCACAAAGAGAAGCUCGCGGCUGUCCGAUCGGAGCUGAUGCAGGAGAUGGACCAGCUCCAGCAGCAGGCCGACCUGCAGCGCGAGGAGAUGGAAGCAGAAGUCCAGAAGAUCAGAGAGGAUGAAUCUUUCCUCAGAGACCACCUCUCCAUCUCGGUGAAGGAAAACAGGCGUCUUGAGAUGGAGCUGCUGGACAGCAACGAAAAGCUGCUGGAGGCACAAAGCCAGAUUACAAAACUCCAGACGUGUGUGGACAACGCUAUGAAAGAACGGUUUGGAGACUUGGACCCCAGCAGUGCCGACUUCCUCCUUCAAGAGGAACGGAUUAAACAGCUGCGCAGCAGCUAUGAAGCUCAGUACAGGGAGCUGCAGGAUCGUAUCGACGAGCUGCAGUCCGAGCUGCGGGAGUUCCACAGCCUGGGACGGGUUCAUCAGCCCUGCCACAAACCUCUCUCUGAAGAGCUGGAGAGCAAAAGCCCCGGCAUGGAGUCUGAUCCAGGUAUCGGUUCAGAGGAAGUUCAGCCGUUCAGCAUGAGCCUCGAGGCGGAGAUGAUGUUGGAGCACCUGAAGGAGCAGCACCUCCAGGAAAUGGAGGAGCUGCGAAACCAGCUGGAAUACAAGAUCAAUGAGUUUGACGAGAUGGUGGAGAAGCAGAGGACGAGCCACGAGGACCAGAAGGCCACUUUGGCCAUCCAGUACCAGCAGGAGGUCCAGGCUUUGAGGGAGGAGAUGGCCGGUGUUCAGAGCCACGCACAGGAGCUCCAGAGCCAGCUCGAGAAAGCGGAGCUGGAGCGGACGUGUCUGGAGCAGGCGCAGGCCGAAGAACGGGAAGAGCUCGAGAAUCUGCAAGAGGAGGAAGUGGGCGCUCUGAGGCAACAGCUGCUCGAGGCCCACACCGACACCGCCGACCUGGAGGAGCAGCUGAAGAGCCUCGAAGCCCAGCACGCAGAGAUGGAUAAAAAACUUGAGGAGCUGAGGGAACAACACGCCGCUGAGAUGAGUAAACUGGAGAGGGAGCAUGCAGAGCUCUCUGAAGCCAGACUGGAAGAGGAGAGGAAGAAACUGCAGGAGGAAAAGGCCGAGUCUGAGAAGAGGCUGUUGGGUGAUUUUGAAAGGGAGAAGGAGCUGCUGAACCGGAGGCAUGAGGAGGAACUGAAGGCCAGGCUAGAGGAGGCGAAGGUGAGGUUCGAGGAGGAGCGUGACGAGAUUGUGCAGAAGCUGACAGAGCAGUGGCAGAAAGAGAAGGCUCAGCUGGACGAGCAGAACAACGAGUCUCUGCAGGCGCUGCUGGAGGAAGAGAUGCUGAGACUUGUCAAGGAACAGGAGGAGAAGGAGGUCAAGCUGAGGGAGCAGUGGGAGACGGAGCGAGCCCGGCUUCAGGAGCGUCAGGAGGAGGCUCUGCUCGGUAGAGUGGCGCGAGAAAGGUCGCAGUUACAGGAGCAGUUCGAGCAGAGGGAGAAAAGGCUGAAGGAGGAGUGGGAGAGCGAGAGGUCGCAACUGGAGGAGGAUUACGAAGGGAUGAUCCAGGAGAGGGUGAGUGAAGAGAGGGAGAAGCUUCAGGCGGAGGCGGAGGAGGAGGAGAAGAGGGUCGAAUUCUUGAUGGCAGAGGAGAGAGCUCGUCUAGAGGAGACCGUGAAGGAGCUGACCGCCAAGCACGCCGAAGAGAGGGACGCUCUCAGCGGCAUGUUGGACAGACUACGAGACGAUAUCGCUCAGGAGAGAUCUGAGGCCAGCCGUCUCGCUGAAGAAAACCACGUCCUCAGGCAGAAGCUUUCUGCGUUGAAGGAAGAGGACUUGAAAGAGGCUCAGGAAGAGAUGAUGCAAAGAUUGGAGCGCUUAAAAAAAGGGAAGGUUGCGGCUCAAAAGGCAGCGGAGAACUUCAAGAAACAGAUUUCAGAGCUGCGUCUGCAGAUCCAGCAGCUGGAGGACGAGAACGGGACGCUGUCAGAGAAAGACACCCAAAACAUCACCGAUAUGCAAAACGUACGGCAGCAGCUGGCAGAGCUGAUGAAGGAAAACGAGAGGAGGGAGGCGUUCCCGUCUGAAGAGAAAAACAAGAUGGCAGCUUGUGUGUCUGCUCUGGAGGCAGAGCUGACCAAAGCUCUGGAGGACACCGCACAGCUGGAGGAGAGGAACACUCAGCUGUCACAGCAGCUCUCUGACCUCAGAGAGAAGGUGGCCAAAGUCGACUCGAUGGAGAGACGGCUCAGCCACCUCACGGAGGAGCGUCAGAGCGCGGAUAAGGAGUCCCAGGGCCUCCGCAACCAGCUCGACAAAGCUGAGGAGAGGGCGAAAACCACGGAUGAAACUCUCCAGGCCCUGAACCAUCAAAGUGCUCGCCUCAAGUCGGACCUUCGAGUUUUGCAGCAGGAGAGGGAUUCCCUCAAACACGACGUUGCCGUGCUGCACAAACAGCUGCAGAAUGUCAACGAGAAGAACCAUGUUUUGGAGAUGGCCUUGCACUCGAGCGGCCUCCAGAAUCAGAGCAAGAAGCGUUACAGAGACGAGAUGUCGCGGCUGAUGGAGCAGGAUCAGCAGCUGCUCAGCCAGGAGAACGAGCGGCUUCAGGCCGAGAUGCUCAGCAUCAAGGGAGACCUGGUGCAGUCCAGAGAAAAGGUCCGUCAGCUCGACGCCACCGUCCUGUCCCUGAAGCAGCACAGACAGCAGAGCCAGUCCUCCCUGGUGAAGGCGUUGGAGCAGGAGAACUCCUCUCUUAAACAGGAGCUCGAGGCCCAGAAGGAGCUCGCUAAGGGCUGUGAAGCGGGACCAGGACACGCAGAGCUGGAGAGCCUUCAACAGGAAAACGAGGCGCUCAGGACUCAGAUGGCUCGACUGUCGACACAGCUGCUGGAGACAUUUCAGGCUCAGUUGGUCGGCCUUCUGCCUCCGUCACCCCACAGGAUGCCGAGGGGACCGCAUCGCGGAGAAGAUCCCGACAACAUGCAGGGGGCGAUGCCGGAGCAGCGGGCGGCUCACGCGGACAGCUACCGGCGGAUCGGUGGACUGUAAAACGCCAGCCACGUCUUUCCAUGCUCUUCACUUUCGCCUCUUUUUUUCCCCCUCCUCCAACGACUGCUCCUCUCAGUCCUGCUCCUCUCAGUCCUGCUCCUCCUGCUACUGUACUGUAGGACCGUGGCGUCCUUUCUGCAUCCUUGUAGGAAGAUUGUGAACAAACGUGGUGCCUGAUUCAAACGGGCAUGAAUGUGUAAUUGUAUUUUCCUGCUGCUAGGUGGCAGGAAAACACACAAAAGGGCUUUUCCCAAUGGGAUUUAGGUGAAUUAAUGACACUAUAAUGAAAAUGUAAAGUUUGCUGUGUCGAGUUCAGCAUCUCUAAGCGACUUUUUAACGCAGGGUGUGUUUUUCUGGGAGUGUUCUGUUUAUGCACUUGUACCAUGUGAGACAGGGUAUAUAUAGAAAUAUCCUCAGAGGCGAAAUGUUGUGCGACAUCUUGCCUUACGACCAUCGAGGAGUGUUAAGCUGAGGCCUCGCAGCCUUCUGAGCCUUUUUUCUAACAAUCAAGCAAAAGUCUGCGUCAGUCAGGGUUUAUCUGUUAACGAAGAUGCUUAAUAAGGUUUUCACUGUUUUGUUUUUUUUGUUUUUUUAUGCCUGUAUUUCUGAUUUCACGCCGCGCAUAGUUAAAUGUUUCUUCAAGCUUCCUGUUUUUAACGUUGUAUUUGUGUUCUGGGAAUGUUUCUGUCUCUGCUCCUGCUGCUGCUGCUGCUGCACGACCAAAGUGAAUCACAUCUUUCGUUCACGUCACACGGCUUGUUAACUUCAAAUGCUAUUUAUUAUUGGACCAAAUUAUUGUUUGUCCCCAGUAGAUUAAUGUUGUUCUGUCUGUUAAUUAAUGUCGUAUCUGUGUGUUUUCUUUUUUGCACCAUGUAUAGACUCAAAUGUUUUAUUUGUUUUAUUUAUUUUAAUAGAAUCAUGUUAGGGUUUAUUUUAUUUAUGCAUUAAAUUAUUUUUUUGUAGAAGUAUCUGGAAUACGUGGCAUAAUUUUAUACCUAUUUAUAAUUUUAUUUAUUGUUUUUGUAGUGAUUGUCCCGCUCCUUAUUAUUUUUAUUUUUAGAAAUGUACCACACUCCAUUUAAUGCAGAAGACAAAAUAAAGCAUCAA